AUUAUACAUAAUUUUUGUAAUAAUGAAUUUAUGAAAAAAAGUCUGUUAAUGUAUCCAAAGCUUUCAUCAGAAUCUCUGAUGGGGCAUUGGCUCAUAAAAGUUUAAUAAUUAUUUAUCUAGAUUAAUUUCAACUUCUAAACACCCCAACUCCACUGCCCCAACCAUCUGAUAAGGGCUAAGGAAAAACAAAAUUAUUUAGGGUUACAAAAAUGAGCUAUUUCACUUACAGUAAUGGUGAACUAACUUGUUGCAGAUCAAUCCUCAAACUAAGAACAACUACCAUGACAAAGCUGAUUUCAAACUGUUAUGGUGCUAUCAAGACACCAAGCAGUAGAGGAACAUAAGGGUUGAGAUGUACCAGUGUGGAUUUAUGAACAAUGAUCAGCUAGAUUUCCUUCCCUCAAUUUCUUGAUGUUAGUUAUAUCCCAGAAUCUUAAUAUAAUCCCAAGGAUAGAGGAUAGUUCCAAGAAUGACUGACAGUAAAUUUCCCAUCAGUCCAGUGGUAAUAAGAAAUAAUAAUAAUAGAUAAUAAAGAAUUGCUACAUGUCUUGUACAUUUGAGGCUAUAGACUGAUAAUACACACAUUUGUGUGGAUUUAGUGUGAGUCUAAAUAUCUUUUAUGAGUAGUACUUGCCACCAACUAUUGACUUAAGUAUCUUUAUCUAAAUUCCUAAACAACAGAAUCAAAAUGAAUCUACUUUAUCCAGUUAUGGAUACUAACUUUCCUAAGAGCAAUCUAAUGAUGUUUUCUUGGAAAGGAAUUUGAGAUGAUUCAAUUUGCUGAUUUAUCUCCCAUGUCUCCUUUAAAAGUGGUCAAGCCAAAAUAGAAAAAAAUCACUUUGAUUCUUUCCAACAGUAUGUGCUUUACAUUUUCAGUGUGUAUUCAAGUUAUGUCCAACUGCAUUUACCACCGUCCUUUUUUUUUUUUGUAUAUCUUAUGGUUAGUAAUAUGUACUACGUAUAAUGUGGCAGCGAGUAAUUUGCUGAUGUUAUCAUUCUCAGAUGUAAUGUUUCCAACCCCCAAAGACAAAUAAAGAUCAGAUUUAUAAAGACACUUAUAAUAAAGGGCAAUAAUAAUGAAAACUAAAAAAAAAAAAAAAAAAAAAUUAAGACUUUGACUUAGGUCAGGACCGAUUUAUGACAGAGUAGUCUUCGGAACGGAAACCCAUUGUAAGUUGGGCUCUACCUAUAUUCUAGACUACUCACUUGCAAAUGUGGUGAUGUUUGUGAUGCUAUAAGACAGAAAGGUUCUACAUUUUAGAGACCGUAUGUUAGGAAGGAUCCCCAAGCAUGGAAUUCAGGAAGUCUGCCUCUGAUAUACCACUUCAGGUUCCCCCUUUCAUAAUCAGGAAGAUUAUAAAAUAUUACUGACCUUCACCCAAUAUUGGCCUUGAUACAACCAUCUUUGCAAAUAGAUUUCAGAAUCUUCUGUUUUGAAAUCACAUUCCUGGAAAAUAUCUGUGUGUUUUUAUGUUAUUUAGUAGCUAAGCCAUACUCAUUCAAUUAGACAUUUGUUCACUUGCAAGGACACUGUUAAAUACAUGGAUUAAGCCAUACAUAAAAUUCAAUAAGAAGGUUGGUUAGAGAGCACUUAAUUUUAUUAAAGUUUACAAGUGUAUUUCUUUUAGGGCAUAUAACAUUUUCCAUUUUGCUUGGCAGAAUAAGUAAGAAUCAGAAAUUUUAUUUUAGGAACUGAACAAAUGAUGUCAAUAUUAUUGUCACAGUUCUCAUUAAUAGUUUCUAGUAAGUUUCUCAAUUUCCUGCUUUGGCUUUCUUUCCCUAUGUCUUUAAAUCACCGGAAGCUUUAGUCCAAACCACCACUUCUUCUUUCAAGGUGUACUAUAUAUUGGAAGUCUGUGAGCCUUAUCAGAGUAUAUAGCAGUUUGUUUCUGAGCUCUGCCCUCAUUCGAACCAAGUGAUAUCUCUGUGUAACUUCUUCAGGUAGUGAGAAUAGAAAGGCUCCAGAAUCUUUUGAACCCAGGGAGCUCACAUAAUGGUGAGAGAAAGGCAACCUCAAGAUAGAGGGAAAGGAGUUUGGCGGUCCCAAGUGGGAUUCUGGUCUGUUGCUGUGAUUUCCAUCACAUUACUCAGUGCCUGUUUCAUUGUGAGCUGUUUAGUAACGUAUAAUUUUACUUAUGGCAAAAGUGACAAAAGGCUGUCUGAACUACAAUAUCAUUCAAGUCUAAACUGCUUCAGUGAAGGGACAAGGGUCUGGGGAUGUUGCCCAAGUACUUGGAUGUCAUUUGAUUCCAGCUGCUACUUCAUUUCUACUGAAAAGAAUUCUCAGACUAAGUUUGAGCAGAACUGUGUUGGGAUGGGAGGUCAUUUGGUGGUGAUCAACACAGAAGUGGAGCAGAAUUUCAUUGUCCAGCAGCUGAAUAAAUCACUUCCUUAUUUCCUGGGACUCUCAGAUCCACAGGGGAAGAACAAUUGGCAAUGGAUUGACCAGACACCUUACAAGGAAAAUCUUAGAUUCUGGCAUGAAAAAGAACCCAAUUUUUCUGGAGAGCAAUGUGUUGUGAUAGUUUUCUGGACACCUGGAAAAUGGGGCUGGAAUGACGUUUUCUGUGAUUUAAAAAUGAAUUUAAUAUGUGAGAUGAAGAAGAUUUACCUAUGAGUUGAAAUUUAUUCAUGAACAUCUUUAAAAUUAAUAUCUUUCAUAAAACGAUAAUUUUCUCUUGUAAUUUAUGCAUGAUCCUUGUGUCAUAGAUGUUAAUGGAAAUAUUCAGAUGAUUCUUUCCCUUUAAUCACCCCUCAUCUACUUUCCUCUUUUCCACUAGUGAUAGGAUGAGCUCCUCUUUCCUUUGUUCUUUUCUUUCCUUUAUUCUUCAUUAUUUUCUUUCCAUUCUCUAUACUUCCUUCCACAAACAUUCCUUGUGCUAGAGACUGUAGUAUUAUGUUAGUUAGAAGACUUAUAAGGAGGUCUCUUUUGAAAACUGAUCUUCCUCCUUUGAAACACCAUAGAGAAGUCUGGUCAGUUAAGAUGAUGAUGAGGGCUGCAGUCAUCCAAAGGUUUGACAAGAGCUGAGGGAUUUACUUUCUAGAUGGCUCACUCACAUGUUGGCAAGUUGGUGCUGGCUGUUGGUAGGAGGUCUCAAUCCCUCACCACAUAAAACUCUCCUUAGGCCUACUUGAGUGUCCUCACAACAUGGUGGUUGGCUUCCACCAGAGCAAGUGGUCCAAGACAGCAAGGUAAAAGCAGCAAUAUCCUUUAUGAUCUAGCUUCAGAAGUUACACAUCAUAACUUCCACCACAUUCCACUGACCACAUGGACCAAACCUGACAUAAUAAAAGAGAUUAUACAAGAGAUGUAGAGGUAGAUGAAUAUCAGAAGGUGAGAAUCAUUGGGUGCCACCUUGGAAGCUGACUACAACAGCAGGAUUUCUUUAAAAAGACACAAAAAUGUAUACCAAGAAGGAAAAUAAUGAAAAAUUCUUCUACACUAAAAUUAUGAACUUCUGUUCGUUGAGACACUAUAAAAAAUGGGAAAAAAGAAUUUAAAGAAGAUAUUUUAAAUACCUAUAACAUACAACAGUAGUAUCAAGACUAUUUAAACAACUCUCAGUUAGAAAAAGACAAAAAUGGAUAAAAUAUUUGAGUAAGCCUUCACAGAAAAAGCACGUACAUCUAACAAACAUAUUUUUAUAGAGAUGCUCAACUCCACUCAUAAUUUGAGAACUACAAAUCAAACCCCAAUAAUAUACCAUUUUAUAUCCAUGAUGAAAAACUAAUAAGAAAAUACAAAGAGUUGGAAGAGGUGUAGAUGAAUAGUGUCUCUUAUAUAUCUCUGGUUUGAGUUUAAAUUGGUAUAAACUCUUUAGAAAAUAUUUUAAAUUGUGUUGUAAAGUUGAACAUUCACAUAAACGAUUAACCAUAUGUGUUAGUCUGGUUCCACCAGGAAACAUAUGGCACACUCAGAUUAAGAUAAUUCAAGGAGAAUUUAAUAAGAGACUACUUACAAAGGCGAGGUCACAAUAUAAGAAAACCACAAAGAUUAGUGCAGUACCCUGGGGCUAGUAACAGACUUUGUCACCCCUGGUGAGGUUACUAGAAUCCAGAAAGAGAGAGUGAUGUGGAGAGGUCCACAAUAAGAGGAGCUGUGACAUUUGGUGAAGGGACAUAGCCAGUGGUGACCCUGAAAUAACAAAGUCAUAAAAAUAUAUUCCCUGACCUCACCCUUCUUUCUUCUCUGUCACACACACAUCUCUUUGCAGGUCUCCUUCUUGGCCAAACUCAACCAAAAGUCAGAGGCAAGCAAGUCUUCUGGGUCAUAGAGCUGGUUGGGGAAGUGUGGAGACUGAAUAUGAAGGCAAAAUUGAAAGUUAUCUAGCACGGCACUCAUAUGCAUUGCCAUUGUAUAUUAGGGAAUGUGAACAAUACUAUUAACUGUUUGUAGUAGAAAAAACUUGACUGAAAUGCCCUUUAAGAAUAUUUAAAUAAUCUGUGAUAUGUUUCCUCAGUUAAAUAUUACAUGACAUUCAAAAUGAAUAAACUAUAAUGAAGGAUAACUAUACUCAACAGCAUGAGUAAAGAUUGGUAACGUAAAUGUUGGUGGAAAAAAGCAAGUCCUAGAAGCUAACAUAAAGUGUGAUGCUCUAUUUUAAAAAUAAAAUUCUAGGCUUAAUAUGAAUAAUUUGUUCCUGAAAAUUGGGCAUUCUGCAUAAAUACCAACGGGGAACCUAUUUACUAUUAUUUUAUUUUAUUUUUUAUUACUGUAGUUUAAAUGAAGUUUACAUUUCAAGUUAGUC